UAACAACAAUGGCGUCGCUAGCAGCAUGGAGUCUAUUUGCUCUGAGUAUAUUUAUUUGUUUCCUCCAAAUUAUGGCAGGAAGAGAUUUUUACAAUAUAUUGGGAGUUCGAAAAUCAGCAACAAAAAAUGAAAUUAAAAAAGCCUACAGAAAGUUAGCUAAGGAAAUGCAUCCUGAUAAAAACCAAGAUGAUCCUGAGGCCAAUGAAAGAUUCCAAAAUUUAGGUGCUGCAUAUGAGGUUUUAUCGGAUAAUGAGAAGAGGAAGAUUUAUGACAAACAUGGAGAAGAGGGGCUGAAGAAAGGAGAUGUAUCAGGAGACCCGUUUGAAAGUUUUUUUGGAGGAUUCAGCCCAUUUUUUGGAAACUCAAGAUCACAGGAUCGGGAAGUUCCCAGAGGAGGAGAUGUUAUCAUGGACCUGGAAGUCUCAUUAGAGGAAUUGUACACUGGAAAUUUUGUUGAGGUAAUCAGAUAUAAACCUGUAGCUAAGCCUGCUAAAGGUACAAGGAAGUGUAACUGUCGCAUGGAGAUGGUCACACAACAGCUUGGUCCAGGGCGCUUCCAGAUGACACAACAGCAAGUCUGUGAUGACUGUCCCAACGUCAAGAUGGUACCAGAGGAGCGUGUAUUAGAGAUAGAGAUUGAACAAGGCAUGAGGGAUGAACAGGAAUAUCCUUUUGUAGCUGAAGGGGAACCACACAUAGAUGGGGAACCAGGUGAUCUGAGAUUCAAGAUCAGACAGGCAAAACAUCGACGAUUUGAGAGAAAGGGAGAUGACCUGUACACCAAUGUCACCAUCAAUCUGGCUGAUGCCCUCAUAGGCUUUGAAAUGGAAAUUCCCCAUUUAGAUGGCCAUUUGGUGCACCUAGUCCGUGACAAAAUCACUUGGCCUGGUGCUAGGAUGAGGAAAUCUGGAGAAGGGAUGCCAAACUAUGAAAACAAUAAUGUAAAAGGAGCAUUAUUCAUCACCUUUGAUAUAGAUUUCCCUAAGGGCACCCUUACCAAAGAGGACCAGGAUCAAAUAAGAGAGAUUUUGAAACAGGAACCAAAGAAAGUUAUUUAUAAUGGACUUCAAGCAAAUUUAUUUGCAUAACAAACAACAUUUUAGGGAUAUAAUUAAAACAUGGGAUCUCAAAAAGUUUUUCUUUUAAAAAGAUUUCAUCAUGUUGUUUAAAGAAUUGUCAUGUUAGUAGCUUAAUGAGGUAUGUGAGGAAAACCUGUCAUAAUUCAUUGUUUAUAUUAAGGAUUAAGGACUCUAUCGUACGUGUAUCAUGUACUUGGUUAUCAGAAGAGUUCCAGAAAAUUGUAAUUGCCUAAGGGCGAUAACUCUUACUUUGUUGUAAGGUAGCAUGUAAACGUAAAUACUUGCUGUAUACUGUGAACAUUAAAAACCCUGUCAUCAUGUUUUAUAAA